UAUCAUCGAUUCAGAUUUUUAUUUUUACUAUAUUCUAGAUCUACCUAUAAAUAUAUCUUCAAACUUCCUCUGGUUAAGUUCAUUCAUAGAUAGGUGAGUAAACUUGAGCUUCAGCUUCAACAAACACCUUAGUUUGAAGACACAAUUCUCUCAUACUAAAAAUAUGGAAGUUUACCAUGUAAUUAGAGAUUUGGUCUCAUUGCUUGUUGUUGGUUUAUUAAUGAUAUGGGGAUGGAGAGCUUUAAACUGGGUAUGGUUGGCCCCAAAGAGGCUCGAAAGGUGCUUGAGACAACAGGGUUUUGCAGGGAAUCCUUACAGGUUCCUUUCUGGUGACAUAAAAGAGCUCUCAACUAUGAGCAGACAAACAAGAGCCAAACCUAUGCCUCUUAGUGAUGAUAUUGGGCCUUAUGUUGCUCCUUUUCUUCAUCAAACUGUCAACCAGUAUGGAAAGAAUUCAUUUACGUGGAUUGGUCCAAGACAAAGGGUGAACAUUAUGGACCCUGAAAAAAUAAGAGAAAUAUUUACCAAAUUUAAUGACUUCCAGAAGGUGCGUACCAAUCCACUGCUUACUUUGCUUGUAAGCGGCCUUGUUAACCUCGAAGGAGACCGAUGGAGCAAACAUAGAAAAAUCAUAAACCCUUCAUUUCAUCAAGAUAAGUUGAAGAAUAUGUUGCCAGCAUUUUAUCAAAGUUGUUGUGACAUGUUAAGCAAAUGGGAGAAGAUGGUGUGUACAGAAGGAUACAGUGAGUUAGAUGUGUGGCCUUAUCUUGUAGAUUUGACAAGAGAUGUGAUUUCCCGAUCUGCUUUUGGAAGCAGCUUCGAAGAAGGCAGACGAAUUUUCCAAUUACUAGAUGACCAACUCGUUCUCAGAAUCAAAUUACUACAAACUGUUUACAUUCCAGGAUGGAGGUUUUUGCCCACAAAGACAAACAGGGAGGUGAAGAUGAAACACAAAGACAUAAAAGAGUCGCUCAGGGAAAUGAUAAAAAGAAGAGAGCAGGCAAUUAAAGCAGGGGAAGAGAGCAAUGAGGACUUGUUGGACAUACUUGUGGAAUCCAAUAUCAGAGAAAUGGAAGCAAAGAAAAAGGGGAUGAGCAUUGAGGAUGUGAUUGAGGAAUGCAAGCUGUUUUACUUUGCUGGCCAGGAGACCACUUCGGUCUUGCUGGUGUGGACUAUGGUUUUAUUAGCAAGGUAUCCCGAUUGGCAAAGUAAAGCAAGAGAGGAGGUUUUGCAUGUUUUGGGUGACAGUAAACCUGAUGCUGAUGGCCUUAAUCGCCUCAAAGUUUUAACAAUGAUAUUGUACGAGGUUCUAAGGCUGUACCCAUCAGCGACUGAGCUAGGACGUUCCGUUCCAAAAGAAAUAAAACUGGGAAAUUUGUUGUUACCAGCAGGAACAGAAAUUUCGGUUCCGAUCCUGCUGAUCCACCAUGACAAAGAUCUUUGGGGCGAUGACGCACGGGAAUUUAAGCCAGAGCGGUUCGCGGAAGGGGUUUCCAAAGCAACAAAGAGUCAAGUCACGUUUCUGCCAUUCGGAUGGGGUCCUAGGAUCUGCAUUGCCCAGAAUUUUGCUAUGAUGGAAGCCAAAAUGGCGGUGGCCAUGAUUCUCCAACGCUUCUGGUUCGAGCUUUCCCCUUCCUAUGCUCACUCUCCUUGCAGCAUGGUGACUAAUCAGUUGGAAACAGUUAUGUACAAGGGCUGUUACAAAGUGUUAAAUGCGACUAUUCAUUUGGAAUCGGUUACAUACAAGGGGCUAUUACAUUAUUUAAAGGAGAGCAUUAUACAUCAUUUAAAGGAGAAUUUAAAGCUUUUCCUAAACUUUUUGGCUGCUCAAGAAUGAAAUCUAAGCAUUCAAGCUUAUUAAAUCAACUGAAUUAGAACAUUAAAUGAUCUUAUUGAUAGUUGCUGUUAUUUAGGCCUAGAAUUUCAAGAGUUUGUGCUUAGUGACUAAGUUAAUUUCAGCUCAUUAUUAGCUCAUUAAGCUGAACAAAAGUGACUAUUCGGCUAGGCCUCAUUUAGCACUAUAAAUACUUGUAAUCAGCUCAUUGUAAAAAAAACUUUUUGCUGAAUUUAUGCUAAAUUUGAAACUUGUGAGAUUUCCAA